CGGAGCCGGCGGCGGGCGGGAGGGCGGCGAGGGCGAGCGGAGGGCGGCCGGCCUCCCGCGGCCGCCGAGCGGGGACCUGCGCGGCGGCGGAGCGGCCGGGCCUGGCGUCUCGCCAUGUCGGUGAACAUGGAGGAGCUGCGGCACCAGGUUAUGAUCAACCAGUUCGUGCUGGCCGCGGGCUGCGCUGCGGACCAGGCGAAGCAGCUGCUGCAGGCGGCCCACUGGCAGUUCGAGACCGCCCUGAGCACAUUUUUCCAAGAAACCAACAUUCCCAACAGCCACCACCACCACCAGAUGAUGUGCACCCCCAGCAACACACCUGCCACGCCCCCGAACUUCCCCGAUGCGCUGGCCAUGUUCUCCAAGCUCCGCGCCUCCGAGAGCCUGCAGGGCGGUCCCGGGGCCAUGACGGCCAUGGCCUGCUCCCCCCCUGCAAACUUCAGCCCCUUCUGGGCCUCGUCUCCCCCCAGCCACCAGGCGGCCUGGAUUCCCCCCUCCUCCCCCACAGCCCACAGUUUCCACCAUCUGCACUGCCCACAGCCCACGUGGCCCCCCGGAACCCAGCAGGGGGGCACCCAGCAGAAGGCCAUGGCUGCCCUGGACGGCCAGAGAUGAGACUCGAUGCCAACGGCGCGCUGGGUUGGAGCGGGGCGGCCAGGGUGGCAGGGGCACCGCGGAGGGCGGGCUGUGGGGGGGGGGGGGGGUUUCCUGAAGAUCGCACUGGAAGAUUUUAUAAAAGAAAUUUUUGUGGGGGGAUGGGGGGGGGCAGUAAACUUCCUGAGCCACUUGGGUCCUUCAGGAGUUUCUCUUCAGGCAAGUUUUUUUUUCCCUCUUUUUAAUAUAUAACUAUAAUAUAUAUAAAUAUAUAAAUAUUACUAAUGUAUGUGAGGACAGGGCUGGGUGUUAGGCUCGAGGGAAGGGCCUUUUCUCCGCACCAGCCCUUUGGGGGCGCUUCCAAGCUGGAUGAAAUGAUGCUGCCGCACACAAAGUGUCCGUGAGCUGCCUCCUCGCAAAAGUCGCACCUUCUGGACCUGGGGGAGAGGGAGCCACUGCCACCCCGGGCCUGCAGCAGCUGAGGAGGGGGCUGCAGGAGGGGUGUCCGGUGGCGGGAGUGGAGGCCCCCUUCACCUCAAGGCUCUCCCUGCCGCCCGACCCAGCCUCCUUGCCGGUCUCCCCCAGGUUGGGCGGAGAGCUGGGUGUGGAGGGACUGCAGAGCUGGUUUGGGACAAAGGUCCAGGCUCUGCCUGGCUGGGGACUUGGCCAUCCUGCCCUCAGUUGUCCCCCAGGCCCCUUGUUCUCUCACGCCAUGUGUGGAGGAGAUGGACACAGCGGCAAGAGCCUUGCCUUUGACUUCAGUCCCCAAACCAGAGUCUCACCAGGGUGAAAUUUUAAUUUAAAAACUUAAAAAGAGACUUUUCUAACUUCC